AUGAUUUUCCUCGAUUUUCAUAAUCCAGCGGUAGAGGAAUUGCUCCUCACCCGAUUCAGCAACGCAAAAGCAGGAAUAAAAUUCGAGAAGAUCGAUUACACUGUCGCUGAUUUCGAUCGCGUACUAUAUCGAAUUCAUAAUCUCGAAAAGGAUAAAUCAAAGUUACUUGUCAGUCUCUUGGUCAACUUCUUUGAUGAACUCAGGGAGUACGAUCUGCUCAAGCGAGAAUAUGGCGCCUAUAUGCUGGACGAACCUCAGCCAGGUUACUCGGUUUCUCUUCUCUUCGAUCUUGAAAAUGUGCCGCAAAACUACGAGGCCGUCGCCCGCCAUGUCUCCAUGAUCAAACGCAACUGUUUCGCCGCCGUAUUUGAGCCCUUCUUUCUCCUCCAGGCUCUGGCUGACGAGCCCAUUAUAUCAAAGCGGGCCGUCAUUCACUACAGCCCUAAUGAAGCGAUGUACGUCCAAGCCCUUGAGGAUCGUAUUACCGUGAUCUUCAGUACCGUCUUUAAGGACGCGGAUGACGUCGUUAUCGGGAAGAUAUUUAUGCAGGAAUUCACCGAGGUGAGGCGUCGCUAUGACCGGGCCCCGCAAGUCCUCUACUCGCACCGCGAGCCUCCAGCGGAAUUGCGAGGCACAGACGCCGUCGGCGGCGACAACAGAGCCUACAUAACCUUCGUUCUUUUCCCCCGCCACCUGGCCCCACACGCCGCCGACCGGACAAUCAACCUGAUCCACACGGUGCGCAACUACCUCCACUACCACAUCAAGUGCGCCAAGGGGUACCUGCACAUGCGGAUGCGCGCCAAGACCUCGGAGUUCCUGAAGAUCCUCAACCGCGCCGCCCAGCCCUCCGUGGAGGAGGAGGACCGCAAUUCGUCUGCUGGGAAAACUAACCAAUCACGAUUCCUAAGUGCACUAAUUUGA